CGCGGGGCGCGGCAGGGCCCUGCCGGCCAGGCCAGCACCUCGGCCGCAUCCCCGCUUCGCCAGCGCCCAUGCCGGGCUCCCCAUGACGAGAAGACGCCGGGCGGACAGCGUGGCAUGAGCCAGGUGCCCGGGCCGAGAUCGAGCGAGGAAGAUGUCGAGCCCGGGUGUGGACGGCGACCCCAAGCCUCCAUGCUUGCCUCGCAAUGGCCUGGUGAAGCUGCCAGGCCAGCCCAACGGCCUGGGUGCAGCCAGUAUCACCAAGGGCACACCAGCUGCCAAGAACCGCCCCUGCCAGCCACCUCCCCCACCCACCCUCCCACCACCCAGCCUGGCUGCCCCACUGCCACGGGCUGCCCUGGCUGGGGGCCUGUGCCCCCCAGCGGGGCUCCCUCUUGGUGGACCAGCCUCAGCCCCAGUCCCCGGGCCCCCAGUGGAGCGGCCACCACUGGCCACAGACGAAAAGAUCCUCAAUGGCCUCUUCUGGUACUUCUCAGCCUGUGAGAAGUGUGUGCUGGCUCAAGUGUGCAAGGCCUGGCGGCGUGUGCUCUACCAGCCCAAAUUCUGGGCAGGCCUCACGCCUGUGCUGCACGCCAAGGAGCUCUACAAUGUGCUGCCUGGUGGCGAGAAGGAGUUUGUGAACCUGCAGGGCUUCGCUGCGCGUGGCUUUGAGGGCUUCUGCCUGGUUGGCGUCUCCGACCUGGACAUCUGUGAGUUUAUCGACAACUACGCCCUCUCUAAGAAGGGUGUCAAGGCCAUGAGCCUCAAGCGCUCCACCAUCACGGAUGCCGGCCUGGAGGUGAUGCUGGAGCAGAUGCAGGGCGUCGUGCGCCUUGAGCUGUCGGGCUGCAACGACUUCACCGAGGCAGGACUGUGGUCCAGCCUGAGCGCUCGCAUCACCUCGCUGAGCGUCAGCGACUGCAUCAACGUGGCCGACGACGCCAUUGCCGCCAUCUCGCAGCUGCUGCCCAACCUGGCCGAGCUGAGCUUGCAGGCCUACCACGUGACGGACACGGCGCUGGCCUACUUCACAGCACGCCAGGGCCACAGCACGCACACGCUGCGCCUGCUCUCCUGCUGGGAGAUCACCAACCACGGCGUGGUCAACGUGGUGCACAGCCUGCCCAACCUCACCGCACUCAGCCUCUCCGGCUGCUCCAAGGUCACGGACGACGGUGUCGAGCUCGUGGCCGAAAACCUGCGCAAGCUGCGCAGCCUUGACCUUUCGUGGUGCCCGCGCAUCACUGACAUGGCGCUCGAGUACGUGGCCUGCGACCUGCACCGCCUGGAGGAGCUGGUGCUGGACAGGUGCGUACGCAUCACGGAUACUGGCCUCAGCUAUUUGUCCACCAUGUCGUCCCUCCGCAGCCUCUACCUGCGAUGGUGCUGCCAGGUAUGGCCCUCCCCGCCUGCCUCCGAAGACUGGGGAGUGGGGGACUUGGGGAAAGCCCUCGCCCAGCCGCCGCCCCGCCUCUCGCCCGCUGCAGGCUGCCCGCUGCUGACCACCACGGGGCUGUCGGGCCUGGUGCAGCUGCAGGAGCUGGAGGAGCUGGAGCUGACCAACUGCCCCGGGGCCACCCCCGAGCUCUUCAAGUACUUCUCGCAGCACCUGCCCGGCUGUCUCGUCAUCGAGUAGCGCGGGCCUCCCCGUCCCGGCGCAGGAAGCCGCCACGCUCGGGGCGGGGACGCCUUCUCCCGGCCCUGCCCUCAGGGGAGCCCUCGCUCCCGCGGCCCAGCGCGGAGGCAGGGCGAACCCAGUGAAAGCCCCGCCCCGCGCCCCUCCUGUCCCCGCCCGGGCCGGGAGGGGCGGCGGGCGGGCCCAGCCCCACGCACGCACGCACGCACAUUCGGGGACUCUGUGCAUGCCCCUCGUGCCCACACUGCACGCCCGC